AUGCGGUACCAGAACUGGGAUGUUCUUGUGUUCCCAGAUCCAAGCAAGAUCCCUCUCCAGGAGUUCAAAACAUCCUGCCAAGUCAUUCAAGAUCCAGAAUCUAAUAACUUGCAAUUCAACCCACAAUUGCUUCCUACCAUCACAUCAUUCAUUCCGGGUCUUCCUGCUGGAACCCCAUUUCGUGUCUCUAUUCAUUGCUGGCAGAAUCCGGAGAUUAGUCGAGUCUUGAAGGACUUGAGAAAGCCCUCGGACAUUGUUCUCUUUGAAGCUCGCUUAUUCAUUGAUGGAAAGAUGGCAGCCUCGAAAUGGUUUGGUCAAAAUGGACCUUGGCCCACGGUUAUUGAUUUAAGCAUUGAUUUGGACAAACAUGGUGAUUUUGAAAGACUAAAAUUUCCAGCAUUUCAUCGUGAGCUGCUUUCACAAAGUUACUGGAAUCCUGCGGACGACCUCGGUCGUCUUAAAAUUGUGAUCUCGGAGGGCUUCUCGCGAGAGGGAUUAACAUAUCCUUUCGAACGCAUCAAGAACAUUAUCUCAUUCUCUUUCCAGCAUGCCCCUCUAGCUUAUGCAGAUGUUCUCGAGGCAUCCUCAAUCGCUUGGCCAAAUUCGAGCAUGUGGCGUCAAGUGUCUAUUAUGGGACCGUAUCUAGCACAACAGCUUUCACCAAGACGUGAAGUCGAUGGUGUCGAAGCUCACAGCCAUUCUCCCCGACAAAAUACAGCAACAAGAGCUCCAUUCCCACCUCCAGGUGUUCCAUUCCCACCACCAGGCUUCGGAUCGAUGCAACCUCCCAACCCUCCAUUGUUCCAGAGACAACCUGCUUUCGACCCCUUUACUGACCGGUCCGAAUCGAUGCCGCCCUCUUUCACUCACUGGCGCCAACGAUCAUCUGCAGAUGUCUCAAUGCCUGACUAUGCAACAACCCGUGGAAGUAGCAGCCGUCAAGUUUCCGAUCCAAUGCAAGGCACAGAGGCUACCAAUCCAGUAUUUGAGACCGAACAGAAUCCUGGAAUAUACGAGUCCCUGAUUGAAGCCAUGGGCCCUAAGGCACCUUCCAACACCCCAAAGACAGGAGCAGGAACCCCGGUAACCGCACCAACUACAGCAAAUGCUGCAGUAUCACGCAAAUCGUCAACGUCUGGAGCUGGUGACCGAGUUGACAGCGACUCCAUCGAGAGAAAUCUUAGAGCUGCACUUGGAACUGCUCUUAUGGCAGCUAAGUCUGCGCCUGACUCAGAAGGCCAAACUCCUACCCUGACGCUAAAGCCAAUCGCUAUAAGCGGUAUCAAGGGCAGGAAAGAGAAUAUGCAGGACUCCCCUCUUGGACCUGAGCCUAAUGCUACGGCCAACGAGAAUGGAGUCAGAGUGGUCUCUCAGACUUUCGUCACAACUAACAGUGCUGGAACCAAGCGAUCCCGUGUUGUCACUCCCGCAUCCGCUAAGGUUAUUGACGAUGAGGAUGAGCCACGUACCUCUCCUUCUCUCAGAAAGGCAUCUCGUGGUAGCGUCAAACAGGAUGAUAAGGAGAACGAGAGGAGAGUCUACAGCGGAGUCGAGACCAUCUCGACGUGA